GACAGCUAGCCCGAGCUACUCUCCCAGUCGCCUGAUGAAGCUACUGCAGGCAGCGGAAAAACCAACCUGGAAUUUAUACAGCGAAUAUUGCAAUCUGGCAAUGCGGAAAUAGAUGGACGUUUCAUGUCACCGAGCUGGCAUUCCACUCCUGGACUGAAGACUUGAGAGUUAGCGCCAGAGAAAAAAAGGAUUGCAAUUCAGAGACAUAAUAUUCAACUCUUCUUUUUCUAUUGUUUAUAGUGGUUCUUCUGUGUAUUAUUUAGUUCCAGUGGUAUAUAGCGCUAUACUCUCUGGUGCAUGGACAGACGCACAGAGGAGGAUCUGAAUUUUUUUUUUGUUAACCCCUAACCACACAAAAGUGGGGUUGUAUUUCUUCCGGUGGAUCAAAGUCAAUUAUUUUCAAAUCUUGCAUCAACAUGGACGUGUUGGCGAAUUACAGUAUUUUUCAGGAACUCCAACUCGUGCAUGACACUGGCUAUUUCUCUGCAAUGCCUUCGCUGGAGGAGAACUGGCAGCAGACCUGUCUGGAGUUGGAGCGGUACCUGCAGACGGAGCCCAAGCGUCUAUCAGAGCUGUUUGACGAGGAGCUCGACUGCCUCCUGACGCCUGCCUUCAUGGAGGGUGCUGACAGUGACCUGAUGGAUCCCCUGGACCCACUCCUCCCCAGCCUCCCUGACCAGCCCAGCCCCCCUCCCCUCCUCAUCUCCCUCCCCAAAGUCCUACAGGCCCCACACCUCCACAACACCAAGGCCUCUGAAAAAGAGUCUGGAGCAAAGACCACCAAGGAGGGGGUCAACGGGGUCAACGCUGCCCAGCUGAGUGCCGUCACCUCCCUCACGCCGCCCUCCUCGCCGGAGCUGGGCCGCCACCUGGUCAAGCCCACGCAGACUCUCACCGCUACAGCCGACGGCACGCUCACGCUCAAACUGGUGGCCAAGAAGGUUGGUCUGAACGCAGCCAAGCUGGUGGCCAUGCACGCCACGCUACCCUCGCCGCCCAGCAGGGGGGCACACAGCGACAGCGAGCAGGGGUCUGGGUCGCUGGGGGGAGACAUCCCUGAGAACAAGAAGAGAGUCCAUCGCUGCCAGUUCAACGGCUGCAGGAAGGUUUACACCAAGAGUUCUCAUCUGAAGGCCCACCAGAGAACACACACCGGUGAGAAACCGUACAAGUGCUCCUGGGAGGGCUGUGAGUGGCGUUUCGCCCGGAGCGAUGAGUUGACAAGGCACUAUCGCAAACACACAGGGGCCAAACCAUUCAAGUGUAACCACUGUGACAGGUGUUUCUCCAGGUCAGAUCACUUGGCGUUGCACAUGAAGAGGCACAUCUAAGAGAGAGGGAGGAGGAAAGCGAGGAAGAAGAGCGAGAGAAGGGAGAUAGGAGAGAAGAAGAAGUAGGCAGGAGGGAAGACGAACCACACACCAGCUCCAGCUCUCAUCAUCCCGAGGCUGUCCCUGCCACCUGAGACCUGACACUAGAAGCAUAGUAUAGGGGAUGACACGCUGGACGGAUGUAUGCCACGACCCGGGAUGGACGGAUGGUUGGCGAGGACAGAUGGAGUGAUGGAGGGAAAGAGAAGGAGGAGGAGGAGCUUGUUUUUUUUUUUAUUCACACUUCCGUGAUUCACACAUCUCUACUCAACAGUCUACAACUCUCCUUUAUUGCACCCUCUGAUUAGCCAUGCCUUGGUCUGAUCCACGCCUGGUAACUCAGACACUGCCAAACCAAUACGCUGAUCCAGUUACAACCCAUUUACACUCUACUGUUUAUUUUAUGUACAUUUAAACUAUAGAGCAACUUGGGAAAGGAGAUGGUUCACCCAGAAUAAACUGCUACAUUUUGACACGCCAAUCGUCAGUGACUUGCAGAAGCAACGAUGGGCAUCCCAAACCAUCAACAACUAUUGGCCAUUUUAUUCUGGUGUGCUGUUUCCCAAUCCCAUCACAAUGUUUUAGGGGUGUCUCUACCCUCACCAAGCCGUGUGAAAUAACAACAAUGCCAGAAUAGCGAGAAGAGAGAGACCAAUGGAACUAGUGGCCAAUCCGUCAGUGGCGCCCCCGUCUGUGGGAGGAGGGUCUGACACUUAAGAGAGUGAGCUCUGUGACCGUGAUGCGGACUUCCUAGGCUCUCCUGUAGGAGGCGCUCUGCUCUCCUCUCUCACCUUCACUCCUGCCACCUCACAGGCAACAUCUAACAAAUGCGCAGCGACACUUUCUUGCCUUUGUUUUUUAAAGACAAUUAAUUAUUAUGAUUAAGAAUAAAGGUCUGUUUUCUCUCAGCUGAAAUGUCUUAAAAAUUCACUGAAGGAAAAAAACUAAAACAGUUUAUGUACAAACGAAGAACGAUGUGCACAUUCAAGGGAGGAACAACGAAUGAACUUACCCCAACCCGAAUGCACAGGCUAAACUCAGUAGCCGCUAUCUGGCACUGAUAGCUAAGAAGAUGGAAAAACAAAAAAGAAAUCACAUGAACGCUGAAAGAAAAAGGAUUUGUAUUGUUGGCCUGAUAUGAAAGGAAAGGCCGUCUGUUAUCCACUCUGUGUUUUUCUCCGAUGUGAUCCAGCUGAAAACAAACCUUGGCGGGACCUUCGAGGCUUCAUCACCAAGCCAGGACCAGAACAGAACAGAAAACUGGAAAAUGUUUGCUUUGUUUGUGUGGAUUGUGGAACUCCACCAUGGAAACCCCUAUCUCCUCCAGUAUGGAGGGGCCUGGGAGGCUGGUCUGCUGUGACCACAUCCCCUAUUUGGGAGACUAGGGACCUGAUAGGCUACUGGACAUGAAUCUGGGUAUUAGAAAGGACAACUUGGCCUCAUCAUCCCAGAGGGACUUGCCUGUUUCGUAUCCAUUGUCUGCACUGACUUUUUCAAUGUUAUCUGUGCUUUUUUUCAUACAGUACAACAAAAAAAAAUUAAAAAAUUAUACAAAUAAAAAAGACUGCAUAAAAAUACUAAAAAAAAUACUACACAAAAAAAACUAUUCCGUCUCUCUCACACCGUACAGGCACGUAGACACACACCAACACACAGAACAGCUUCUUUGCUCAUGGCUCCACUUUGAGAUAAGGAAAAUAUAUGAUUGAGUUAAUGAACAGAGCUGGAAAGCAAAGCACUGCAUGGCAGCUUCUCACACUCGGAUCGCUUCCCGGAAUCAUUUGUUCUGCUCCAAAUUUUUCACAGUAGGAUUUUUUAGCAAUUGUUGUUUUGUAGAUGAAGAUCUGAUUCCGCUGGAGGUAACGGCUUUGAAGUGAGAAAACGAGCUCAUUCUCAUGUUCAAACAAUCUCAGUCUCUGUAUGUUAACAAUCAGCUUCAACAGCAUGGGACCAGAUUCCUCUGCCCCAGGUCUAUGAAGUCUUACAUAGCCUUGCAAUCAGGGCAUUAAUACCAAUACCACUGUCACUAAUACUGUCACGAUUACUGUACCCACGAACUUCCCCUCUUACAUAAACCCUGGCCUCCUCACAUCAGUUUUAAUGGCUGCUGUAUCAGAAUAGAUGCCAUUACUGUCUCUAUAGUAAUGUGUGUGUUUCAGCCUUGCCAGACUCUCCUAGAUGGUCCCAGAACUGCCCUCAGGGGGGCCGGUGGAGCUCAGAACAAUCGAUACCAAAAACCUCCAGCGCGGAACUGCCCUCGAGCCACGGGCAGGGUCUGGCACAGAACACAGCGGCAUCUGGGAAGCCGACCGUCUCCAUACUAGGCCUCUUAGCUCCACCGCGGCAGCUUUCUCUACAAACACAAAACAAGACAAGUCUCUCGACAACAAGACGAUGUAAAACAAGACAAGUCUCUCGACAACAAGACGAUGUAAAACAAGACAAGUCUCUCGACAACAAGACGAUGUAAAACAAGACAAGUCUCUCGACAACAAGACGAUGUAAAACAAGACAAGUCUCUCGACAACAAGACGAUGUAAAACAAGACAAGUCUCUCGAC